GCUACAUCAGACCAGCGGUGUCGGCAGUCCUGGUGGCAGCGGCGGCAGCGGCAGCAGCAGAAGUUCCAUAAUGUCUGGCAGGGGCAAGGGCGGCAAGGGGCUCGGCAAGGGCGGCGCCAAGCGGCACCGCAAGGUGCUGCGCGACAACAUCCAGGGCAUCACCAAGCCGGCCAUCCGCCGCCUGGCUCGGCGCGGCGGCGUCAAGCGCAUCUCGGGGCUCAUCUACGAGGAGACGCGCGGCGUGCUCAAGGUCUUCCUGGAGAACGUCAUCCGCGACGCCGUCACCUACACGGAGCACGCCAAGAGGAAGACGGUCACGGCCAUGGACGUGGUCUACGCCCUCAAGCGCCAGGGCCGCACUCUCUACGGCUUCGGCGGCUAAAGCCUUGCCUUACCGAACCACCGCGACAAGAAACCCAAAGGCUCUUUUAAGAGCCACCCACCUAUUCCUUUAAAAGAGCUGUAUUACGAUGUUACAGAGGUCGGAAGAGAAGGAUGACAUUGGUUUUAAAUGUUUCCAAAGCUGUUACUGCAAUGUUACUUGUGCUUUAGCGGAUCUCUCAAAUGUGUAAGUUCACUGCUAACAGGGAAUUUCUCUUUGCAGUAUAAGGUGGCUCUUUUGUGUUCCAAAUUAUUUUCCAAAAAAUAUUAGGAAAUUUUAACGAAUAUUAAUGCUAGAAAAAUCGUUCAGCUGCCCUGAGGUGAAUGCUUGCUGAUAUUUCUAUUGCCCCCUACACGCACACCUUGUCUAUGAUAUAUUUGCUUCUAAAAUAAAGGAGUAAAUCUAA